UUCACUUAACCGGAUAUCAACAUCAAUAUCUUCUGCAACUAAUUUGUGGGUUUGGUCACCCUGUUUAGUUUGAUUAACCGCACAGGAAAAACGCAUAUCCUGUUUUUGAAUGAAAUUAUGAAAUUAUCCUAUUAAAAAAUUGAUAUAUGCAUCGAUUUCAUGGAAAGGUUUUCACGGACGAUCACAUAUUCACCGAAUUUAUCGAUUUAUGAAACACGAACCCUUACCAUUGAAAUAUGAAACCCGGGUAGGGAUUAUGCAUAAGAUCACAUUUCAGUGAAAUGCAGUAGUGACGUAAGCUUCGUGCGUAUUGCUUUGAUGUAAUCACAAUUGUAGAAAGUUACUAACUGAUAUUCAAGAAAUAGUGCUAUCACAGUACAGCAACAAUGCUAAGUCGAGUCGAACGUGUGUCUCGGGAAGACUAUAGUACAUUCCAGCCAAAAUCAGGUGAAAACAUGAAAAAUGAAGGUAUUUUAGUGACUGGGUCAUUCCAGGCUAUAAACUUUUACAAUCAGUCACAUAUUUUCUUUGAUCUCUACAUGGCAGUUAUUUCUGGCCAUACACAAAAUGUUCGGAAUAUAUUGUUAUCUCAUCCAGACGCUGAUUUCAACAUUCUAGUGAAAGGGGCAACUGUUUUGUCACUGUCCCUGUAUAAGCGACAUUUUGAUAUCUUUAAUUUGUUAAUGCGACAUUCUGAAAGGAGAGGUAAAACUUGCUUGAACACUGUCAGUAAGGAUGAAUUAAACAGAAGAGAACCCCCUUUAAUUACAGCGUGUAGGAUGCAUUUUACUGAAGGAGUUAUAUCCCUAGUGAAUGCAGGGGCUGAUAUUGAUGCCCAAGAUAAUUUUGGACAUACAGCCCUAUGGGUGGCUGCUAGACAACAAAUGCCAGAUCUUGUGGAAUAUUUGAUAGUCAAUGGUGCUAGUGUGAAUAUCACAGACAGAUAUAACUACACGCCCCUCAUUACUGCCAUGAUGUACAAGGUGACAUCUAAUAUUACUAAAGCACUUGUGUUAAAUGGAAGUAAUUUAGACGGACCUAAAGUAGUGUCCUCAUACCAGAACAGUCCUUUAUUCUGGGCUUCUAAAUAUAAAGAUUUUGAGAUGAUGAGGUUGAUUCUUUUAGCAGGAGUUCCAAUGUGGCUUAUACGAUGUGUAAAACAUUCAUUACAUGAUGCCACAGGAAGGAAUGCUGCGGCUAUAGGCUAUCUUGAUGAUUACACAAGAAAUGCUCCAUCACUUAAACAAAUAUGUCGUAGGAUAUUGAGAACAGCAGUCAGUGAAAGUUGUAAAGGAAAAUACUUUGGACAAAACAUUGAAACAUUACCACUUCCACAAAUUUUGAAAUGUUAUUUAUUGUUAAAAGUAGAAAAUUAAGAAAGACUGUUUAGUCAUUGUGUAUGUGGUGUGUAUUUAAGACUUUAAGUAAGUAAGUGUAUUAAACUAUUACAUAUAAGAGCUCUAAGUUUCUUUUGUGAUGAUGGUUUGUUUUUCUCAACAAAUAUCCAGUUUUAAUUAUAAUGAUAGUUAUACAUACAUGUUUUCAUUGAACGUGUUGUAAUAGACAUUUGUAUACAUGUACAUUUGUAACUUUAAUAUUGUUUAUAACAUUAUUUAGGUGAAUUUUAUACAUGUUAUAUACAUGUAUUUAAGAAAAUUUAUAAAUUUUAGUUGCGAACAAACUCAAACUGAUUAUAAAAAAUAAUCUUUCAGUUUGCUCCAUUACAAAUAUAGAUUUGUUUAUUGCAACUUUUAAGAUAUGAACAGAUGAAGCCUUACAAUAAGGGGUCAUAUUUAGAUGACCUUUUAACAUUGUACAGUGUAUGUUAAUUUUAAUCAAUCCAAUAACUAGUACUAUUCCAAGUGACAUGCUGGCACUACAUGUAGAUAACAAAUUUUCCCUUAAAGUAUGAAAUUAAAGGGUAAAAUAUUUUGAAUCAAAAUUUCAACAUUCUAUUGAAUAAAUGUUUUAUCCACUUAUGAUUUAUAAUAGAUAAACGGGAAAACAAUGAAACCUUACUGUCACAUGACUGUUGAGAACAUAGAAAUAUUUACCUGAUAAUAUACAUGUAUUUUAUACUCAAUGAUUGUAAAAAAUACCAAAACUUUUGAAGGAAAGAUUAGAAUGGAUGAGUCUUUUUUUGACAAAAGGUCACUGGACAUGACUCUUAUCAUACUUAUGAUACAUGUAAAUAAGUCUUCAGAUCUUUCAUGCUGUGGCAAACAAUUUAGAAGAGCAAAGUUUAAAAUCUGACUUUAAUCAUGUUAUGAAAAAUCUAAACCUGUUUUAAGUCUAGUAUACAUGUAUUUAAACAUGUUAGAAAUUAACAAGAACAUACAGACAGAUAUUUUAUAAAUCAUAUAUUUUACACUAAAAUGACUAAAGCAAGUUAAAUACAUCUUAACAUACAAAUGUACAUGUAAUAAAUAAUUAAAUGUACAAUGUAAAUGUGGUUAGAAUAACUGCCAUGGUAAUUAAGUACAUACAAUGUGUAUCUUCUUUACCAGUGAUCCCUGCUUCCAUGGUCAGUUACACAGUGUACAUGGACUUUACUUUAUUAUAUGAUAUGAACAUGAUGAAUGGUUGGGAAUUAAAACAAAGUUGCAACUGGACUAUAAAUUAUAAAAAGAGGUUUUUGUACAAACAUAUAAAUGUAUGCUUUACAUACAUUUGUAUGUGUCUUUAUAUAUUACAAAUAUUCAAAAAUGAGCAUAUACAAAACUUUCAGUUUAUUAUACAUGUACUGCAAUGUAAUACACAUGUAGGUAAAUUGGGCUUUAACUCUGAUUCAUUUUUUUCUUUUUCAGCUUGUACAAUGUAUAUAUGCAUAUGCACAUACAUGUAUGUGUGUUAUGGCUUUUAUACCACUGUGUGGCCAAAUAUUAAUGAAAUUUUGUGUGUACAGUGGCUUAAAUUUUUAGUUUCCCCUAACAAGUCAUUGCAAGUAUAUAAAUUAAAAUUAGUCAAUAAAUGAUUUAUUCAUAGUAAAAAAAAAUGGUGACCACUGAUAUUUAUCUUACAGCAACACAAUGUGCAUAUAAUAUGUUGCUCUUCUUUUACAUGCGUUAAAAAGUAUUUUCACAAAAAUAAUUACAAAUUUGUUUAAUUGAACAUUGAUUUAGAUGUCAAGUUCACUGAUGCCAAAAUUACAUUAGUAUUUAUAUCCUGUAGACAUAGAUAACAUACAUGUACAUGUUACUGUGGGAGUAUAAAAUAUUCUUUACAGGCCAGGGGAAGCUUGCUUCCUGUAGACAUACAAACUUUUAUGUAGAAUCAACUAUAAACAUGAUAAAGCAAUUAAUCUUUUAUUCACAUUACAUAUUAUAACAUACAUCACAUAUGGACAUUGUAUACAUGUACAUGUACACACAAACUGUUUGCAACUCUUACGAAAUUUGAUUAAAGGGAUAAUGGAUAUGAAAUUUUAUGUAAAUGUUUUAUUUAUCAUAAUUUUUUUUUAAUUUGCAAAUUCAUGAAGUUAUUAUAUGUGAAAGAAAAUCUUUUAAUUAAAAAAAUUUAUCAAAUUUAACUUAUAUUUUCCAUGUUUUCUAAAACAAUAAUGUCUGUAAAAUUGCCUGUUUUUACUGUUUUAUAUCAUAUUAUUGCAUGUGAUAUAUUGCAGUAGUAUUAUAAUUUCUUGUGAUAUCAGUUUUGUUUGAAGUAUACAAAUGUACUUGAAUUUAUCAACAAAUUUUAUUAUAAAAAAAACUUUCAAAUCUUAUAAAAUAAUUCUUUUAAUUCCUAACUAUGAUUGUCCAAUAAUUUUGUGUGUGCAACCAUUGCCUUCAGAUUGCAUUGUGCCAAAGACAUUUUCUGUGAAAGGUUGACUGUUAUGAACUUGAACUGCAUCUACGUUUAUUAGUAUACAUGAUAUUAAAGUUGCCAAAAUAUUGAAUACAAAUCAGCUAAUAAAAUAAUGAUUUCUGUAUACUUAUCUCUUUAAUGUCAUGUAUGUACAAGUUUGAACUCAUGUGAUUUCAAGUUGAGAAAUAUAUUAUUCAAAUUUAAUGCUUAUUAAAAGUGAUUUUUUUGUACAAUUUGAGAAACAAAUUUUGGUUUAAGGGGUGAUGAAAGGGCCAAUAAAUGUUAUUUCUUCUGUUUCUAAAGAUGUAUAUGUAAAACAUGAAACUGGGAAUAUAUUUCAAUAAAAAUAUGAAAUUGCAAUUUAAAAGAAGUUGGGUCAUGUUAAUUAAGGGAUCGAUCACUGUAAUUAAUAAACUCACAUUAAGCUAAUUUUAUCCACUGAAUAAAAUGCUUAUCUUUGUGAAGAACUGCAGUAAAUGCAGCUGUCUGCAAUAGUGCUAUAUAAAGUAUUUUUUGUCAACACCAUCAUGACUAUACCUAAAUAUGAUUUUAAAUUAAUCAAAUUACCCUUCCAAUCUUUCCAUCAGUGAUUUGAUAUUAUAUGAUCAUGAGUUUAUGAGGUCUGUUGUUAAUACAAUGGUGCUCUAAAUAACUUGCAUACAUGUAGAACUAGAAACUUAAGUAUAAAGAGAGUUAAUUAGGCUCAAAAUCAUAAUAUGAUUUUCACUAUGAUAAUUACAUUUGGGUAAAAAUAAGAUUUAAAAUUCCUUUCUACAUAGAAAUUCAAGUCCCCCCCCCCCCCCCCCCCCCGAAAUAUUUGCAUUGUAGUUUGAUUGAUAUGAAUUAAUACCAUGUCAUAUGUUAUUAUAUAAGGUACAUGCAUAUACUUAUUAUCAUCUAGUCUACAUUGAACAUGUAUAACAUCUUCUUAUUUCUAUAAAUCUAAGUAUGAAUUUUACAUUGCACGUUGUAUUGUGUGAGACUGUCUUUGCUGUCUAGCUGCUUAAUGUUUAAGAGUGUAGACAUAAUACAUUGUAGCACAAUAAGGAUCUACACUAUUGACAAUGUAUUUCAUCAAAAUGAAGUAGGAUACAUAACUCAGCUAAACUUGUUUUACAUUUGUAUACAAUUUAUUUUAUAAUCAAGGUAGAUCAACACUGUUAAAUUGAUCACACAAAUGAGUAUAUGAGAGAUGCCAUUUUUGGAUACAUGCAUUUUGCUUAUUUUAUUAUUGUUUAAUUUGAAAACUUCCAAUUUUCAAGGAAAUACAAUUAUUUAUUUUAAAUUAUUAUAUUCUAGUAAUACACCAGACAUAGACAUAUUUAUAUAGGAAUUAAAAAAUUUAAACUUGUAUAAAAAAUAUGUCAAAUUUAAGACUUUGUAUGAGAGAAAAUAAAUCGAUGAACAGUUUGUACACACUUUUGUAAGAUCUCAAGAACACAUAAAUGGGAAUGGGUAUAUCAUGCAUAUAUCUUCCUACAUUGAUACAAUGUGUGUUACAUAACUUUGACAAAGAGUUUCCUCCUUUGGAUAUUGAAACACUUUCCCAUGUGGAUGAAAGUAAUCCCUGGUUUGUAGAAAUACUGUAAACUGUAUUAACAUUCAAAUUUUAUGAAAAUUUCUCCUUGUUCUCUUUAAUAAUGAUUUAGGGCUCUGACUUCUAUGAACAUACAUUUUGUGUGUAUUUACAUGUGUCAAUAAGUUAAUACAUGUAAGAACCAUCUUGCUACAUUGUACAUGACAAAUUUCAUUUUCCAACAGAUUGAAAAGAGUAACAAAUUAUAGAUGUUCAUUCUACCCAUCUCAUCCCCCCCCCCCCCCCCAUUUUUUCACAUGUGGUGAUACAGAAAAAUAGUUACCAAAUUAUGCAGGGAACACAACAAUGUAUAUGUGUGUAGAGAAAAAACCAUAAUAAAAUUUUGGUUGCUGUCAAUAACGUUUGAAGUUGUAUUCUAGUACAAGUCUGACAUGUAAUUUUUUCAUAAGUUAUUUAGUAUUUGUUUUAUUUGUAAGUCAUUUGUGUAAGUGUACUUUGGAUUGUUUUCAUGUUUUGUUUGUAGUGUUAUAUUUGAGUUUGGAUGUUAUUGUGAAGUUGUUGUUUUUUCGUACUUAGUUCUUCUGUAUUACAUAAGUACAUGUAAUCCAUGUUUAUAUGAUUUGAGAUAAUUAAAUUAUCUAAACUACAAGUUUACUAUCUCAUGCUAUCGUUUUGAAAAAAUGUUUAUCAUGUAUAUAUUCUUUGGAGAGUGACCAGACAAAGCAUUUUUCUGAUGACUUUCAAAGUUUCAGAAUGUUAAAAAUGCAGUCUUUGAUAGAAACUUUAUUUCUCUUUAUUCAUUUUUGAAAGCACAAUAACGAGAAACAAUUUUUUAUAAACAUAUAAUUUCAAAGAUAUGGAACAACAUUCUAUGUUUAGGAGAUCUUCUCAUUGUAUUUGUUCCUUUGCUGACGAUUUGGAUUGGCUUUUUUAAUUUUGAUCCAAUCCUCAUAUGUAAAAGUCAAAAGGAGCUAAAUAAGACCUUAUUCAAAUUUCAAUUUGGACAUGUUCAAAUGAUAUUUUUUUAUACUUUUCAUUUGUUUUGAUGCAGACCUUUUGUUUUAAAUGAUUAUAGUAAAUUAUUACAAGCAGUUCAAUGGCCAUUAAGCUUUUGAUUUUUUUUAAUUUAAAAGACUUUCCAAAUGGGGUGUUGUCAAGAUGUGACAGAUUUUGAGUUGAGUAGUAGUGAAUUUAAUUUCAAGUCAAAAUGUCAGUCAUUGUUUCUGUUACCAUAGUUGUUACGGUAACAGUUUUCAUGAAUGUGACAGGUUGUUUAUAUUUUAAAAGGACCAAUUAUUUUUGUUAUUUUACAAGCCUUCAUUAAUAUUUCACAUGUGCAAAAUGUACAAUGUUUGCUGAUAACGAAUUUUAAUCUAGUCAAUGUGAUUAUUUUGCAACAUGGUUUGAUGUAUUUGUAUGGUUUUAUAAUAAUUGUAACAUGUGAAUGUAUUUAUUCUGGGAGCUGUACAAUUAUUUUGAAUUCGAAACAAAUGGUGCUUAAAUUGUCACAUUUUAAAUGUGGAAAUAAACUUUGUUAUAAAAUGA